AUGCCCAACAGGAAGGUUAGCGCGGACGGAGCGGCGAAGGCGGAGCCCAAGCGCCGCUCCGCGAGGCUGUCGGCCAAGCCCGCCCCUGCCAAGGUGGACGCGAAGCCGAAAAAGGCCGCGGGAAAGGAUAAGUCAUCGGAUAAAAAAGUGCAAGCAAAAGGGAAGCGGGGAGCAAAGGGCAAACAAGCUGAAGUGGCCGACCAGCAAACCACGGAUCUGCCCGCAGAGAAAGGAGAGACAGAGAACCAGAGUCCAGCCUCUGAAGGAGAAGAGAAAGAAGCCAAGUCCGACUAACCAUCCAUCAUGUCUGUCAGUGUCCCCGCCUCCCUUCUUGUACAAUCCAGAGGAAUAUUUUUAUGGACUAUUUUGUAAAUGCGAGUUUUUUAGUAGCUCUAGAAACAUUUUUAAAAGGUGGGGAGAAAUCCUGC